UCACAAAACCGCGUGUGAAGUGAAGUUUGGAUGGAUGCUCUAAAAAGCCGUUAUUAAGUUACCUUCCGUGCUUUUCCCGAUUUUCUUUCCCAUCCCGAUGGCGAUGGGGGUACUCAGUCGGUGGAGCGUCGUUGUCCGAGGCAAGCCGCGAGGAGGCUGACGACCUCCCGAGGCCGCCACAGAGUGAGCUGCUCAUGAUGGAUGUCCCCCCUGCUGCGAUCGGUCGCUUCCUCGCUCCGACCUGCCCGCCUUCGUUCUCGCUCCCUGCACGGUUCUUUGAUCGGAUCGAAGAUUUCAUCUAUCCUCAGGUGUCACGCUUCAGGCGCCUGCAAUUUUCGGGGUUCUUGCAACCCUAACAGGAUGGCUUCGACGGAUGGGAAGGAUCGUUAUUUUUAUCGUCGAGGAAAUGAUUGGUUCUCUAAAACAAGGAUCCCAAGUGAUAUUGUUAUUGAAGUAGAGGGGCAACUAUUUCAUCUGCAUAAGUUCCCACUCAUGUCAAAAUGUGGGAAAAUUGCACGUGUUUUAGAAGGACUGCAAACUGCCAAAGAAAGCACACAUCAUAUGUUAUCAGGUUGUCCUGGAGGAGCUGUUACAUUUCUGAUAGUAGCCAAAUUCUGCUACGGAAUCAAGGUGGAAUUGUCGCCAAAGAACAUCAUAAUUAUAUAUUGUAUAGCUGAAUACCUUGAGAUGACAGAGGAACUUGAUGAAAAGAAUCUACUUCCAGAAGCAGAAAGUUUCUUUCAUAAGUCCAUUCUUCACAGCUGGAAAGACUGUAUUGUGGCUCUACAAAGCUUUGAUCCUUCUCUUUACCAUGGCGAGUCUGGACAUAUUGUUGGUAAAUGUACUAAUGCUCUCUCAACGAUGAUAUGUACUGAUCUUAGUUUGUUUGGGUGGCCAAUGAUGCUAUAUGGAAGCUUGCAAAGUCCUGGUGGUAGUAUCCUAUGGAAUGGGAUACGUACAGGUGCCAGAAUUAGAAGCUCACAAUCUGACUGGUGGUGCGAAGAUAUCUCAAUGCUAGGUAUUUGGAUCUUCAAAAGACUGAUUAAAACAAUGCAGGAGCGACAUGUAAGAACCAUAAUUGUCACUGGUGCUCUGAUGCAUUAUGCUAAAAAACAAUUACCAGGCCUUGCUCGGUGGGAAAAGAAACAUGGUGGUAGAUAUCUUACGAGUCUUAAUUCAUCAGCAGAUGUAAUAAAUCACAAAGUGUUAAUUGAAAGCAUUGUUGACUUGCUUCCGCAAAAGAAGGGAAAGUCCUACUGUCGUUUUCUUUUAGGACUCCUAAGGUUUGCUGUAAUACUAAAAGUUAACCAGUCAUGCAAAGAAACUCUCCAGAGAAAUAUUGGCAUGCAACUUGAUUUGGUGACUCUUGAUUGCCUUUUAAUUCCAAACUUCUUAGAUUCUGACAAUCUGUAUGACACUGACUGUGUUGAACAGAUUAUUCAUUAUUUCUUGGAUUCACAAGAGUCUAGUAUGGGAACAUUUUCACCUCCCUCAUCUGAUUCUACUUUUACUAGAUCGACUUCUUCCUUGAACAGAGUCACACAGCUGAUUGACAGUUACAUUACUGAGGUUGCUCCUGAUAUCAAUCUAAGGCCUGAAAAGAUGCUUGCUCUUCUUCGAGCUCUUCCAAAAUCUUUGCGAAGUCAGUAUGAUGGAUUGUAUAGAGCGUUGGAUGUGUAUUUGAAGGGACACCCUUCGCUGGUAGAGAAGGAUAAGAUGCUACUUUGCAGCACUAUAGAUUUUCGAAAACUCUCUACUGCUACAUGUGUACAUGCAUCACAGAAUGAACGAUUGCCACAUAGAAUCAUUUUACAGGUUCUAUUUUUUGAGCAGCUGCAGAUGCAAAUGGCUCUUUCUCAAUACCUUGAUGCUAUGGACACAGACAGCGUUGCCGCUGCAAAUAGCAUGGCCGGAAAUUUCCUGCGGAGAGAUGGGUGGGUUUCACUUGUUCGUGAAAAUAGAGUCCUCAAGGUUGACUUGGAAGCACUUGUGUCCAGGGUUGGAAGUUUGGAGCAGGAUCUAGCUAUAAUAAAACAACAAAUUAGACAGAUGGCAUAGUGCUUUGUCAACACUUGUUUUAUGUCCAUAAGACUUAACUUUAUGUGCCUGAAAGCAUGGUGGCUGUUAUUAUACGAAACAAAUACCUAUCUCCACACAGAUUGUAAAUCUGGACAACACCUAUAAAUUUGGUAAGGUAACGUGGAUAAUUGUAAAUC